UGAAGUCGCUUGAGUAAACUAGUUCCAGUGUAAAGCACUUGGUACCAUGAAAAAUUCAGUAGAAUCUCAACUAUUACACUUUUAGAGGUGAUUUUACUGUUGUUUACUACUAACGGAUUAUACCGUUGGGCUGGCCAUACCUUUUCCUUUCUCUUUCUAAAAUUUACUGCCCCCACCUCAAUAACACCAUUUUCAGUCCCUCUCUCUCUCUUCUGUUGCCGGAGAAAAGUCCCACUACAUUAUUCAAUCUGGGACCUCAGAUUUCUUUUUCAUUAUCCCCAUAGCGUGCACAUGAGCAUAAGUAAGAGAGAGUGACCGAGGAAUCUGACAGCCCAGCCACCAUAUUCCUUGUCAAAAGAACAUCUACACCUUUUUGCCUUUCUUUACUUCUUUUCUAUUUGACCCUCCCUCUUUUCCCAUUUUCAGAUACCAAAAGGCUACUAAAAGAAGAAGAAAACAAGACAGAAAAGAUGGCAAUGAGGCUAUUCCUUUUGUUGUUACCUCUUGUCUUUCUUUCGACUUUAGUAGAAGCACAGGCAAUCAUCGCUGUCGAUUUAUCUGCUCUGCGCGAAAUUAAGAACAGCCUCACCGACAUUACUUCCUUUUCUCCAAAUGCAUUUUUUACUAGUUGGGACUUCACUGCUUCUGACCCAUGUUCAUCUUUUGCUGGAAUUACUUGCUCUUCCUUUAUUCCUAGACGUGUUACUACGCUCACUCUUGGCACUGGUCUUUCUGAUUCACCUGGCCUUGCCGGGACAUUAUCUCCAGCUAUUUCUAACCUCUCCGAGCUAACUCAACUUGUUCUUUUCACCGGAAUUGUAACCGGUCCCAUCCCAUCCCAAAUCGGAACUCUCAAGAAGCUCAGCGUCAUCUCUCUCACCAACAAUCGCCUCACUGGGUCUAUACCUACUUCAAUUUUCACUCUCCCGAAUCUCCAUACUCUCGAUUUAAGUCACAAUCAACUCACCGGAACAAUCCCCGGUUCAAUUUACGAAUUAUCUUCGCUGAAAGUAGUAGUUCUCGGAUCCAACAAACUCUCCGGGGAGAUCCCACCGCUGCCGACGGAAUUACUCCACUUGGAUUUGAGUAACAAUGUGCUAUCGGGAAUGUUGCCUGUGAAAAUCAGAAUGCCGUUAACACUCCGUUAUCUGUCAGUAUCAGGAAAUCGGUUGUGGGGACCACUGAGCGUCCUCGAAUCACUCUCAGAGUUAGUGUACCUCGACUUAAGCAUGAACCGUUUCAGUGGGACCAUCCCUUCAUCCCUUUUCCGAUCCACGUUAUCAUCAAUGUUCCUCCAACGGAACAAUUUAACCGGAGGUGUCCCACAACCACCGCCAUUCUCCUCCACCACCGCCACCGUAUACGGCCCUGGAUCCACCGUGGAUCUGAGUCACAACUCGCUAUCCGGAAAACUCACAAAUACUCUCGCCGGAGUAGAAACAUUGUUCCUUAACAACAACCGGUUCACUGGAGCAGUACCGAAGGACUACGUGGAGAGUGUUUACAGUGGAAACACGAGAACUCUGUAUUUGCAACAUAAUUACAUUGCUGAGUUUCCGGUUAAAGAAGGAUUAGCAUUGCCGGAUUCAGUAGCAUUGUGUUUGUCGUACAAUUGCAUGGUUCCACCGGUGCCGGUGGGUUUUAUGGCGUGUCCUGCUAGCGCUGGUGAGCAGAUUUCGAGACCAGUAAAUCAGUGCUCUGCUUUUAAUACUUCCAUGGCAUAAGUUAAAAAUUUGAGUUUAGAAAGUUCAAAUUUCUGCCAGCACAGCACAUGAUGAUACAUAUAAUACAUAUACAUAUUUUGAUUGGUUCAGUGUA